AUGAACGAACUGUCACAACAACACGGCUAUCUCACUUUGUGCUUCAAAAUGCCAACUUUUGACAUCAUGUUAAACCCUGAUCACCACAGGUCCGAACCAUUAACGAAUUCCAAACCGGAGACCGGAGGUCAGCUGAACGGUGAUCUGCAGCCCUUCUCAACAUCAGACUGUCAGACACAAUAUGUUGAGAACGUCUGUGAGAUCUCAACGUUGGAUGAAGUUAAAGAGAAGAUUCAAGCCGACUCUGAUCAACCAGAGAAGUUCCGCGCGGUUCCGAUCCAUCGGCGUCCGGACCUGCUGGUUCCCUGCGCCGACCUGGUCAACACCGAGUGGCAGCGGAGCCAGGCCGCCCGGGUCCACUCCCUCCAGAAGUCCUGCCCAGAGUUCCCCGUCAGCCUGGUUCUCCUGCAGGGCCGCAGAGAGACGGAGCGGCUGCUGGGCCACGCCCGCCUGUCCCAGGUCGUAGGUCACGGCGGCAGCCUGUUCGUGGAGUCGGUGGUGGUGUCCAAGGCGGAACGAGGGAAGGGCUACGGCCGGACUCUGAUGAAGGAGACGGAGCGCUACGCCAGAAGCAGAGGGAUCAGGCGCCUGUGCCUGACGACCCACGAUAAGCAGCACUUCUACGCCCACCUCGGCUACGUGCUGUCGACGCCGGUGCAGAACGCAGGCUCCAUGACGGCGUUUGUUCCCAUGGAGACGCUUUUGAGGUUCUCCAGAAUGCCGAGUGAAGAGGCGAACACGCAGAGACAAACACGGACAAAGAUGGAUGCUCAAGUACCGCAAGGAGGGGCUUGUGUUGUGGGGUCACCUCCACCUUCUAGUUUACCUCCUCCUCCUCCUCUUCCUCCCCCACCAUCCAUACCUCCUCCUGCUCCUCCUUCCGUCCUUCCUCCUCCUCCACCACCUCCACCUCCAUCCAUCCCUCCUCCUCCUGCUGCUCCACCUCCACCUCAGUCUGCAGGGCAGCUCGUAGUUCAGACUCUGACUGAAACUCCCUACAGAGACGCCAAAGGAGUUCCCAUCUACUGGAUGCACAAAGACAUUUGACGAACACACAAUCAUAAACACUCGGGAAACACGUUCACCCACAUUAAUGCACACAUGUGUGUUUAUACUGUAUGUGCACAAAUCAAAAGACGGAAACAUACAAAAAGCACCACACCAUUGAUGAUCUCUCAGACACAUAGACAACGAGUACUGGAGGAAAUACAGAGUUGAAAACACAAAUUCACAGAAAACACUCCUGCAUUUACACAUUUAGACACACUCAGUCUCUCUCAAGCUCAGUCUGUAAAGACUUGUAGCGCUGAGACACAGAGCGAAAAAACACUCAAAUGCAGAAGCAGCAAACACAUUUUUAAAAAGCACCAAAUGCCUUUAAUUUCCUCAUUCUUGUCUUAUUGGGCUUAUACACGCUGUGCAGUGCCAGAAACAGAUAACGGAAACUAAAAUUUGUGGUUGGCAAGUACGGGUGUGUCCCCAAUGAAACAGUGAGUCCAACAAAAAUAGUGGCCAAUACUCUGACAAUAAGACCCAGGCUGUAAAACGAGUGGAAGCUGAUGCAAAUUGUGAAUUGUUAAAGUCCAUCUCCAUUCAAAAAUGUGUUUUGCUUUUUGUUAUGUGCUGAGUUAAGAGGGCUGUUUUCAUGUUUAUCUGCUGAAGGGGGAACGUUUCUCACCUUUAAAUCUCAGUUUGAGACAUCUUCUGUCUAACACUUUAGAAAUGAACAAUAUUUUCAAAAGGGGAGAAGGAGUAUAUGUCAUUUUAAGAAUUUAUAACUAAUUAAUUGAACUUUUGUCUGGAGGGAAUCUUUCAAAAGAGAUGGGAUUGUGACAUGGAUGAUGUUUUUUUGGGGUUGACUGAAAGCUUAAUAAAGAUUUAGAAAAAACAUAUUUUGGCUCAUCUAAACAUCCCGACCAGUUGCAUUACUUUUGACCUUUGAGCAACUCUGCUCCUGAGAAAUAUUCCCUCUAUACCUGCUGCCAUUAAAUUAUGUGACACCCUGUUGGAAAGUGCCUUGUUGAACUGCCAGACAACUGAAGCCUUAUUAAAGUUGCUUUAUAUUGAUAUAUAACUCUUUUCAACUAUGAACAAUUCUGGAAAUAAAGAGAAUUUAUUAACAUAC